GCUGCGAUAAGAAGUUUUCGAGGCCGGAUUCUUUGACGACACAUACGAAGACGCACUCUAAUAUCCGGCCAUACGUCUGCCCUGUGGAGGGAUGUCCCAAAGCAUACUACCAUGCGAGAUCGCUCAAAAAGCACGAACUGGCACAUGAGGCGAAGCGUGGAGGUCAUCAUCGGGCAUUGCGCGGACCGGGAUCAAAUGUGACCACGCCAGGCUCUGCGACAGACGCGGGUGGCAGCACCUCAAUAACACCCGGCUCCGGAGGCUCUCAUCUCCAGUCUCAACAACAACCGCAGCAGCAACAGUACUCCCAUUUUAGCCAUCCUUACCACCCUGACUUUACCUCUGGAUCUAGUCGGGCCGCAAAACAUCAUGGACACCACCGUCAACUCAGUCAGUCUGCUGGAUUCAAUCUGGCUAUGGUCUCGGAUCCAGUCAUGGGUGGGGGACUUUUGUCGACUAGCGCGCUAUCCUCGGGAACUAAUUCGCCUAGUUCUGGGGUGAUGGUGAGUGCACCUGGAUACAGUAAUGGCUUCAACACCCCAGCGACGAUCAUCAAACCGACUCUAUCCGCUCACUCAUCGACGUCGUCGGUGCCGUCCUUGUCGAUGAUGAUGGGGAAUGCUACUAUGGCAUCUUUGGAAGGACAAGGGGUCAUCAGCAUGAGCGCAGCUUUCCCACCGCAAGCACCGCAACAGGCAAAUAUGAGGAUGUCAGGAAUGACACUAUCGUCAAGCGACUCCAGCCAUCGCAUCACUCCGACCGGUUCUCCUGGAUUUCAAGCUGCAGUCGUCCCUUCAUCAGCUGUUGCAGGACCUGCGCCCAUUCCAGGCUCCAUGAGCAGCGCUGGCAACAGCAGCGUACCUAUGGCCAUGCCGAUGCCUUUAGGAAUGAACAUGGCGAUGGUCAUGGGUAUGAAUUCGCACCCAGGACAUGGUGUGUCUUCGCCUCCACCUCCGGUUCUGUCGCCAACGCCUCCCGUGGGUGCAGCUAUGGGCAUGGUUCAUAAUCCAGGAACUGUUGAGGAUAUGUCCCGAUCUCAAAUUGGCGGGGGUGGUAUUGUUGUGAACGGAGGCGGCCUCUUCAUGACACCGACAACGGGGGACAAUGGUAACCCACAUGGCCAGGAGCCACCGCCAUUAACAGUAUCUAUGAGCGCUAUGGAUACAUCGGGAUCUGGCACGGGUCCUGUAGCUCCAGUUGUAUCAGAGCAUGGCUUUUCAGCUCACACGAUGUAGAACGGUGCCCCGUUGUAGACUUUCUUAUCGUGAUCAUGUAAUUUUUUUUUCUUGCGGCAUUUCAUACCGCGCCCCAUCAUGUUCAACGUCUCUGCUAUCAUAUUCAUAACGCCCAUCGUUUGUCGCUCUCCCCCCUUUCCUCUCGUUUUUCCUUCCUUCUCUUCUGUUUCCUGCUUUAUUUUUACGCAUAUUAUCCUGUUCUGUAUUUUUCGUUUUUUAUAUGUCUUUGGUGCAUCACAUUACGAUCUUUUCUGCGCACGACGACUAAGACUACCGCAGGAUGAGUUGUGGAUGUUGCUUGUUGCUUGUUGCUGGCCCUUCUCUCCGCGCGCGCUGUUUUAUACCCUCGUCUUUUUUUUUUUUUCUUCCUUUUCUCGUAUCCGCAUAAUAAUAAAAGGU